AUGAAGAUACCAUCCAAUGCAUUGGUUCUCGCCAUUGGCGCAGCUUCAUUGCUGAGUUCUGCCACUCAAGCCGCUGCAUUCUUAUCAGGAGGGCCAGCAAGUCAUCAUCCCAGGAAUGUUAUUAUUGCUGGAACAACAACGACUUCACCACCACUUUCCAGCGAAAGAUCAACCGAGACAAGAAUGAUUCCUUUUAUGGUAGACAUGAUGGAGACACAAACUGCUCCGCCAAUCGAGGAAACAUCCAUCCUGCACCAAACAACAACAAGAUCGCCCAAAUCAGCGUUAUUGUUCGAUGCUGCUUAUUCUUCAAAUCAGCGUCCUCAAAUGUUGCUGCAAGCCACCAAAGAUUGGCUCUCAUCACCAUCGUCAUCAUUUUCCUUGAUACCCGAACCAGCUUUUGCCGCAGACGAAAUGCCGCAACCACCCAGCAACGCCGAAGUCCAACUCUUGCGCAAAGCCUUUAGCACCUUUUAUGGAGUCCCCCGUGAUGCGGAAGGGGCCGAACCUCUCUUGACGGAGGUCAUUCAAGCAUGGGAUCGUCAAUCGGCAGACGAAAAGGCGGGUUUGUAUCGUGUCCGAGGAGAUUGUUACGCGGCUCUAUUGAAAGCCGACAAGGCCAUUGCCGAUUAUUCCACAGCCAUCGAGUUACUGAUAAGUCCAGCGGGGGCAAAGGCGGACCCUGCCGAACUACCAGCGUCACUUCUUGGCCGGGCACGAGCCAUCAGAAGUCUUUCCACCAAAGCCACCAAGGAGCAAGCAAUGCAAGGAGCCAAGGACUAUGAAGAAGCUCUCAUCCUUUCGUCGAGAGAGGAAUGGGACACCAAACAGGAAUUGUUGGAAGACGGUGCUCGUACCAACCCAUAUGCCGCUUGGGAAUACGGCAUGGCUCUUCGAUUGGCAGGCGAUACCCAGAAAGCUAAGGAUGUUCACCUUUUAGCAUCCCAAUAUUUCGAAGAUAUUGCAGAUCCGGCAAGGUCAGUCAUUUCGCUCAUGGAUGCUGGCAUUGACAAUGCCGACUACGAUCCGGAAGCUGGGGCAAAAUUGAUCCGAUCGUCAUUCAAAAAGAUCAAGUUGGUAGAGGGCCGGGACAUUCCCCUUCUUCAACGAGUCAUUGCCAAGGAAGGAGAAAGCAGAGUCGCCUUGGCAAGUUUGUAUUGGACUGGUGCAGGUGACAAGCAAGACGCCGAGUCACAACUGGGUCUGGCAUGUGAGCGACUGGAUCAAUUAGAAGCAGAUGCGAUUGCCCGACAAAAGGUCAAUCCUCCAGUUGUAUCACCUCCAAGGCUGAAAUUUAAUAUUGAUGAUAUUCCAGGAGCCUUGGACAUUAGCUGCAGUCGUUUGCGAAACAAGGAAUACUUGAAUGAAAGACUCGAGUGGCCAGCAUCAUUGCAACAGCGCGUAGACAAAUUGUACACUCUCAAGAGCAAAUAA